AUGAGUAUCGGAUUCAAGACGUCUCAUUCACUGCGGUGCAUGCUUGGAUUGUGUGCGAUUGGCCCUGUUCGUGCCGUGUCCCAAGCAUUUCCCUGGCGAUGCUGCUCGGACGAAGGCGUUCCGAGCGAGGACCAACCCAGCAGAUUAAAGAGAUCAUUCCGGGAACCCUCAGCGUUGCAGCAGUUCAACGGCAUUCAGCGAAAGGGCGAGACGCGUCUCAAGCCACGGAAUAUAAGCAAGACCAAAACAACGGUUUAG